AUGAUAAGGUCAGAGGUUAUGUUGGUUCGUACGAUGCUCCGUCGUCCUUUGGUGGACCACACAGAGAUGGCAGAUUUCGGCCUCGUGGUCGAAUCUCUGAGUUCAGGCAUUCGCGAGGAAGCGGGCGCGGUAGCGGACGAGGACGUAGUGACUUCCCGCCAAGGUCUGAUCAUGAUGAAAGCUCCUACAAAUAUCAAGAACCGC